AUGAGCAACACUGUGAAUACAAUACUCGAAGAUCGCGAUCAGGCAGAUCUCAUUUGUGAUGGACAUGCCGAUUUGUCUUUAUCCUAUGCAAUCAGCAAGGCGGAGAGCAAAUGUUACAGUCCAUUCACAACUAUUUCAGAGGCUUAUCAUUCUAAUAUUCAACAAAUUCAAUGUGAUUCUUCCAAGGGAAGUGAAACAUUGAAAGUCCAAGAGAUCACUCAUCACCACUCGAGUCCUCACAUCAUCCACACAUUCAACCGUUUCCCAUAUGGUCUUGCUGUCAAUCACUCUCUCUAUCAGACUGGUCCAUCAACCAAUCCAUGUCUAGAGCUCGAAUGUCCAUGGUUGUGCAUUUUGGUGCCAAAAAAUAAUCAAAUCACUGCUGCCAAAUGCGUCUGUCCAGAUGGUUAUACUCAUUCAAUCUUUGAUAACACAUGCAUCCCACCAACAACUAUUCAUGAGGAGAAGAAGCUUGAAAAGCUUUCUCAUGUCGGAGCAGCGUUGAUGGCCGAGUAUUGUGAAGCCGGCGUGGCGUGUCUGAAUGGAGGAUCGUGCCGCGAACUUCAGAAUGAGCAUGGAAGAACUCAUCGCACUUAUCCAGUCGUCACCGAAGAAUCAAGACGUCUAUUGGGAAGAAUGAGCAACCGAAUCCCAUUGAUUGAUGAAAUCUUGGAGAAGUCGGAGGACUUCCGAGUUGUCAACACAGCGAAUCUCGUCAAUGGCUUUGUCAACACAAUUCGCAUGGCUACCUUGGAGCAAGAAAACGGCAACCUUCAAGAGACUAUUCUGAGAAUCGGCCGUAUUCAUAAUCCCGGAGCCUUAAUUUCAAAUGGUUAUAUAAACUUUCUUGUUUUUCAGAAAGAGGAAUGCCGUCACGGAUACGCUCUCUGCUUUAGUGGCGACGUUUGCAUCCCGAACAACUUCUUCUGUGAUGGAGACAUCGACUCUGGAAAGUUUGCAUGUGAAACAAAAGGAACCGAAAUAACUGUCUGUAUUCCAAUGAACGCGACAUGCAACGGUAUCAAGGAGUGUCCAUUGGGAGAUGACGAGUCUCGUCAAUGUUCGGAAUGUGCCAGAAAACGAUGUGAUCACACCUGCAUGAACACACCUCAUGGCGCCAGAUGUAUCUGUCAAGAAGGAUACAAACUCUCUUAUGACGGUGUUAGUUGUGAAGAUGAAGACGAAUGUGCCACGCAUGGACACAUUUGUCAACAUUUCUGUGAAGAUCGUCUCGGACCGUUUAUCUGUAAAUGUGCCAACGGAUAUCAAUUACAAGAGGAUGGACAUUCAUGCAAAUACGAAGCCACUUCUACUUCCGAAGGAUAUCUUUUCAUCAGUUUAGGAGGAGAGAUACGUCAAAUGCCAUUGGCCGAUUUCAGCGACGGUUCGAACUAUGCUCCUGUUCAAAAGUAUGCCGGACACGGAAACAUAAAAUCAGUCGACUUUAUGCAUCGCAACAAUAAACUGUUCAUGGCAAUUUCUGACGAACAAGGCGAGCCCACUGGAGAAUUGGCAAUGUCAGAGAACGGCUUGUUGAGAGUUCUCCGUGAAAACGUCAUCGGAGUUGGAAAUAUUGCUGUCGACUGGAUUGGUGGCAAUCUAUUCUUCACACAGAAAUCUCCCUCGCCAAGUGUCGGAAUCUCGGUGUGCAGCAUGAAUGGAUUGUUCUGUCGUCGAAUCAUUGAGGGGAAAGUUCACGGACAAACCUAUCGUGGUCUCGUCGUUCAUCCGAUGCGCGGUCUCAUCAUUUGGAUUGAUUCCUACCAGAAGUCUCAUCGUAUCAUGAUGGCGAACAUGGAUGGCUCUCAAGAUAUCUACUAUGGAGACGUUGAGCGCCGUCUGAUCGAAAGAGUCAACAUCGACACAAAGGACAGACGAGUGGUGAUCUCAAGCGGUGUCCAUCACCCAUUCGACAUGUCUUACUUCAACGGAUACCUUUAUUGGUUUGAUUGGGGAAGUCCUCACAUCAUCCACACAUUCAACCGUUUCCCAUAUGGUCUUGCUGUCAAUCACUCUCUCUAUCAGACUGGUCCAUCAACCAAUCCAUGUCUAGAGCUCGAAUGUCCAUGGUUGUGCAUUUUGGUGCCAAAAAAUAAUCAAAUCACUGCUGCCAAAUGCGUCUGUCCAGAUGGUUAUACUCAUUCAAUCUUCGAUAACACAUGCAUCCCACCAACAACUAUUCAUGAGGAGAAGAAGCUUGAAAAGCUUUCUCAUGUCGGAGCAGCGUUGAUGGCCGAGUAUUGUGAAGCCGGCGUGGCGUGUCUGAAUGGAGGAUCGUGUCGCGAACUUCAGAAUGAGCAUGGAAGAACUCAUCGCAUCGUUUGUGACUGUGAGCAACCAUACGAUGGUCAAUUCUGUGAACGUCUCAAUCCGGAAAUGCUAGCUGCAAUGGAAGAAGAAGACACGUUUGCCGGACUCAUUGCUCUUCUACUCAUCUCUCUCCUCAUUCUCGUCGUUGUUGGAUGUGUCGCCUUCUUCUGGUUCGCUCAACGAGAAUUGACAAACGAAGUGAUUUCCACUGCUCGUGUUCAUGUUGACAACAUGGCUCGGAAGGCUGAGGACGCUGCAGCUCCACUCGUCGACAAGUUGAGAAAGGUCACCGAUAUGCAAAGAAGUACAUCACCAAGAGAAGGAUGUCAUUCGGCAACAAACGUCAACUUCGUCACUGAUGAGACAACUGCCGAGAAGAGAGUUCGAAUGCAAACUUCACCGUCAUCCUAUGGCAAUCCACUCUACGACGAGAUUCCGGAUGUGCCGUCUGGCUUCACAAUAUCCACGUCUGCACCAUUCGCUGGCAUCAUCCGCUUCGAGGAUGACAACAGCUUGUUGUGA